CAGGUCGGGGCGGACGCGGGCAGCCUCUCAGGCACAAGCUCCCCGGCGGGGGGUCUCGGAGGGGCUGGAAACCAUCAAGCCCCCCAGCCCAGGGCAGGGCAGAGAAGGCGCUGUCCGCAGGGCCGCGCUCAGCCACCUGCUCCCUCCCCAGGGGACCCAGCGGGAGCCCUAAUAACCUCUCCUAGGGAGACACGAGGGAGGCCUUGUCACAUCCAUUAUUCAGUGGCCAUAACCUCUCCCCUGGACAUUGCUCCACACUUUCCAGAGCCCUCCCUUGUUCGCAGUUGUCACUGAAUGCUCAGUCUACAGGUGAAGAGAAUCCACAGGUGAAGAUGUCAAAUGACCGAUGCAAGCUACAUUGAGGCAGAAUUAAGAUGUAAACGCAGCCCUCCGGGCUCCCAGAACAUCCUCUCCAGGGAGAGCUGCCCAGCUUGGGGAUUCAGGAACGAUUACGAGAAACCUCUGUCCCUAGACAGGAAGACAGCUAAUUCAGAUGAGGCAACCAGGGUCGUGGUGGGAGGGCAAGCAAUCAAGAAGGGCUUCCUUAAGGAGGCAACGUGACCUAAGGGAUGGAAGAGAGACCCACAGUCCAGGGACUGAAACCGGAAGUGCUCACCCUUGCAGAGGGCAUAGGAUGGAGAAGCAGGGUACCCCCUCUGUGUGUAGUGCCUGAUCCCUGACUCCCAGCUCCAGCUCUCUCCAGCCGAGGGAUCCUGGCAAGCCCCUUAACCUCAGCCUCAUCUUCCACAUCCAUAAAAUGGAUUUAAUAGCAAUAGAGCCUAGUUCUCAGAGCUAUUACAUAAACUGAAGAGUUAAUGUAUGUAAAAUGUCUUAAAUAGUAGUCUGCAUGUAGUCAGUGUCCAAAAGUGUCUAUUCUUAUUGGGGCUAACUAGUCAUAACUUGGUACAAACCAAAUACGGUCAUAGGGGUCCUUUGCCCUUCUACUCAUUAACUAUUUUGACCCUCUCCCCAAGCUCACGGUCGCCCCACCCCCACCCCAACCCUAGUCCCACUCUUGCACUCUGGUACCCAGUUGGGAUGGAAAAGAAGGGAGCACAUUUAGGAAGCUGUAGUUGCCAUGGUGAUGAUGAAGGGGACAGGAGGGUGGAUGCCCUGGCAAGUCUGGCCAAGGAUUCAGGGACAGAGAAAGGGUCUCUGCUUCUACCAAGCUCACCUUGCCACCAUCUUUUACUACACAGGACCCUGCCUGGGAAGAACUGUGCCCCACAAAUGCCUUGAUAUCAGAAGCAAGUAUGUAGAGGACAGGAAUGGGGAAGAGAUGUUGAGAAGGUUCUCCUCAAGGGAGGAAGGCCUGAGUCUAUGGAAGUGGACUGUGACCAGGACCCCUUGAACACCAUCUACCUGCCUGCAACCCUGGAGCUCCUUGAUGCCCCUGAGCACUUCCGUGUGCAGCAAGUGGGCCAUUAUCCACCUGCCAACUCCUCUCUGGGCUCCCGAUCUGAGACCUUUCUGCUCCUGCAGCCAUGGCCCAGGGUCCAGCCUCUUCUCCGGGCCUCCUACCCACCCUUUGCCACUCAGCAGGUGGUCCCUCCACGGGUUACUGAGCCCCACCAACGGCCAGUGCCGUGGGAUGUGCGGGCUGUGUCGGUGGAAGCGGCCGUGACUCCAGCAGAGCCCCAUGCCCGAGUCCUCUUCCACCUCAAAGGGCAGGAUUGGCCUCCAGGGCCUGGCAGCCUGCCCUGCGCCUGGCUCCAUGCCACACAUCCUGCAGGCACUGCUCACCAAGCCUGCCACUUCCAGCCCUCCCUAGGCGCCUGUGUGGUGGAGCUGGAGUUUCCCUCCCACUGGUUCUCCCAGGGCUCCACUACACGGGCCGAGCUGGCCUACACGCUGGAGCCCGCAGCUGAGGGCCCUGGGGGCUGCGGCCCCAGCCAGGAGGAGGACCCCAGGGAGCAAGCCCUUCCAGUGGGUGGUGUGGAGCUGCGCCCAGCGGACCCCCCACAGUACCAAGAGGUGCCCCUGGAUGAGGCGGUGACCCUGCGGGUCCCUGAUGUGCCUGUGCGGCCAGGCCAGCUCUUCAGUGCCACCCUCCUGCUUCGGCACAACUUCACAGCCAGCAUCCUGACCCUGCGGAUCAAGGUGAAGAAGGGGCUGCAUGUGACAGCUGCCCGCCCAGUCCAGCCCAGCCUCUGGACUGCCAAGCUGGACCGCUUCAAGGGCUCCAAGCACCACACAACCCUCAUCAUCUGCCACCGUGCUGGCAACACAGGGCUGGACUCCAGCAGCCCUCCUGAACUCUCUGAGUUCCUGUGGGUGGACUUUCUGGUGGAGAAUGGCACUAGUGGGGGUGUGGCAGUCACUCGCCCUGUCACAUGGCAGCUGGAAUAUGCAGGCCAGGCCCCCGAAGCAGAAAAGGACAAAAUGGUGUGGGAGAUCCUGGUGUCAGAGCGGGAUGUAAGAGCCCUUGUCCCACUGGCCAAGGCCGAGGAGCUGGUGAACACAGCUCCACUGACCGGAGAGCCGAGGCACGUGCCCAUACGCCUGGUCACCGUGGACAAUGGGGGGGCCCUGGUGGAGGUGACAGAGCACAUUGGCUGUGAGUCGACCAACACACAGGUGCUGCAGGUGUCCGAGACCUGUGAUGCUGUGUUUGUGUCUGGCAAGGAGAGCCGGGGUGCCCAAGGGGUGCAGGUGGACUUCUGGUGGCGCCGUCUGAGGGCCUCGCUGCAGAUGACAGUGUGGGCCCCGUUGCUGCCCCUGCGCAUUGAGCUGACCGACACCACCCUGGAGCAGGUCCGGGGCUGGAGGGUCCCUGGCCCCACUGAAGGGAUGCCAGAGCCUGAGGCUGCUGCUGAGGAGGCUGAGAGGCGCCCCCGAAGCUGCCGCCUGCAGUACCAGCGCGCCGGCGUGCGCUUCCUUGUCCCCUUUGCGGCUCACCCACUGGACGGUGGCCGCCGCCUCACCCACCUGCUCGGCCCUGACUGGCUGCUGGAUGUGACCCACCUCGUGGCACCUCACGCACGUGUACAAGACCCACGCGUAGCCUCGCUGGAGGGCGGCCGCAUCCUGGUGGGCCGGGAACCCGGCGUCACCUCCAUCGAGGUGCGUUCCCCGCUGUCUGACUCCAUUUUGGGGGAGCAGGCAUUGGCCGUGACGGAUGACAAGGUCUCGGUGCUGGAGCUGCAGGUGCAGCCGGUGAUGGGCAUCUCACUGGCCCUGAGCCGGGGUACUGCCCACCCUGGGGAGGUCACAGCCACGUGCUGGGCACAGUCAGCCUUUCCCGCCCCAAAGCAGGAGGUGGCCCUCUCCCUUUGGCUGUCCUUCUCUGACCACACCCUGGUCCCCGCUGAGCUCUACAACCAACAUGACCUGGGACUGUCUGUCUCCGCCGAGGAGCCUGGUGCUAUCCUGCCAGCCAAGGACCAGGGUGCCCAGCUUGGGGUGGUGGUGAGUGGGGCAGGUGCCGAGGGGCUGCCCCUGCACGUGGCUCUCCACCCACCUGAGCCCUGCCGCCGGGGCCGCCACCGGGUCCCCCUGGCCUCUGGCACCGCCUGGCUAGGGCUUCCCCCUGCUCCCACCCCGCCCCCCGCCCUCCCAUCUAGCCCUGCCCGGGGCCCACCAGCCACGGAGGCCAGCGUGGGUGGUAAACAGUGGGAGGCAGGGGGUGUUGGGGGCAGUGGGGUUGUGAAGGGCAAGUUUGAGCGGGCAGAGGCAGAGGCCAGAGAGGAGGAGGAAGAGGAAGAGGAGGAGGAGAUGGUCCCGGCCCCUCAGCGGGUCACCGACCUAGAGCUGGGCAUGUACGCUCUGCUGGGCAUCUUCUGCCUGGCCAUCCUCAUCUUCCUGGUCAACGGUGUGGUCUUCGUGCUGCGCUACCAGCGCAAGGAGCCUCCCGACGGUGCCACUGACCCUGCCUCCCCCCAGCCCCACAACUGGGUCUGGCUGGGUACAGACCAGGAGGAACUAAGCCGCCAGCUGGAUCGGCAGUCCCCAGGCCUGCCCCAGGGGGAGGGGGGCUGCCCCUGUGAGAGUGGGGGAGGAGGGGAGGCCUUGACUGUGGCCCAGGCACCUGGCGGGGGCACCAGUAGCUCCUCAAGCACCCUGGCCCGGAAGGAAGCGGGGGGACGGCGGAAACGUGUCGAGUUUGUGACGUUUGCGCCAGCUCCCCUGGCUGAGCUAUCUCAGGAGUCCGUAGGGGCCCCGGCCGUGCAGUCCAUCCUGGUGGCAGGUGAGGAGGACAUCCGCUGGGUAUGUGAGGACAUGGGACUGAAGGACCCCGAGGAGCUGCGCAGCUACAUGGAGAGGAUCCGGGGCAGCUCCUGACCCCUCCCCGGCCUGCCUGGUCCAGCACUGUCAGCCACCAGCCCGGGCAGCCUCCUGCUCCCCCCUGGUGCUUGCUGAUCCAAGUCCCCUGCCUGGUCUCUCAAAAGGACGCCCACUCAGGCCCCCUCUGCCCUGCGCCCCCCAUCAUGGACCAUGCUCGUGAGGAAGGGCUUACGCCCCUUAUUUAUGAGAACCAUUUCAUCGUGACGUUGGGUACAGAAUAAACUCAAGGAACCCCCA